AUGGCAAUCGGGAAGAAGAAGUUGAUGUCAUCGGCGCCAUGGAGGGGCGAAGAGGAAGCCGCCGAAGAGUUCCAAGACGCAAAGCUCAAGGUCACAAAGCAGCAGCCUGGAGCUGAGUCAGUGAUGCACGUGCCUCGCAAGAAGAAAGACAAGUCCAAACGCCACGACCAUGACAAUUACGAUGAUGAUUCCCUCGUCGAGAUUGACCCCCAGCUUCGCUACAGCUUUCAACGUAACUACCAGUUUCUUCAACGAGUAUUCAGCAUUGACACCAUUGUGAAACCUCUUCCGCCUGCCAUGGCCUACAAUGUUUCCCGCAACUUGAACUUCUUCACGCGUAUUUCCACACAAUUCUUUUGUGAGUUUUGAUUUCUUUGUGCCAUU